AAGAUAAUAAGAAUGAAGAAAAACCAUCGCCCAAUCUGAAAGAGAAAAGGAAACUAAUCUUUUCCCGCUUUUUACAAUGAAGAGAAAACUUUCACUUUUCUCUUUCUUCAUCUUCCAUCUUCUCUGUCUUCAUUCUGUUGAUCAUCUUAAUCACCAACAAUUAACUGUAAAUCCGACAAAACAAAACGCUCACACAUAACACACACCAUAAUAAUCAUAAUGGUAACAAUUUACUAUCAGUUGGCCUUUUGUCUUCAAUCGUAUCACUUGUAACAAUUUAAUUUAUCUCAUUGAUUAAAAUCUAAUUGUUUAUCUGAUCAAUAAUUAACCAAAUCAUAUAAUCAAUAUUCAUAAUCACAAUCAACAAUAUUGUGACCAUCAUAUUAAUUGAAUCAAACAUUUGGACUAAAAGUUUUCUCAUCAGUUUUAAUUUUAAACGAUCAUCAGUUUUGUUAAUUGUUACAAUCAACUUAAUUGAACUGAAAAAGUUUUCAUAUUUUUACAAUCAGUUAAUUGUUAUGUUUGUUUGUUUGGUGUUUUCAUCCAAAUCAAUUUGAAUGUUUCUAUUGACCUCAGCAAUUUAUUUACUAACCAUUUCGGUGACUCUGGUUAUAUCGAGUCCCUAUCAUUUUGUAUUGGGAAACAAUAACGGUGUCAACGGAACGUCAACUUAUAACUUUGGUUAUGACACUCGAGACCAUCCGGGCGGAGGAGGAACUGGAGGUGGACUUGAUACUGGACCUAGACUGAUGAGAGAGGAGACCCGUUUACCUGAUGGCACUGUGAUCGGCCGUUAUGGUUAUACUGACCCUUUUGGUGUCUUCCGUCAGGUUAAAUAUGUUGCCGGUUCAACGGGUUAUUAUGCUUACGAAGAUGUGACCGGAGGUUCGGGAGGGUCAACAUCGUUACCUCUUUUUUUCAAAGCGACAGCUCGACAACGUGAUCUUGGUCUUGCCUCGGGUAUCGAUCUAUCAGCUAAAUUUAAUCCUCCUCUUUAUCAUCCGGAAGCUCAUCUCGCUGAAAGUCCGUCAACUUCCUCCACACCCUCACCAUCGACAACACCUUCUUCAACCUUAUCACCAUGGGAAAUAUCAUUCAAAAAACUGUUGAUUCCAAGUAAAAAUCAACAAUCAAACAGCAACAACAAUGGUGAUGAUGAUGGUCAAUUGUCUCACCAUCAUCAACACCUUCAUCACUUUCAUCCUAACCAUCAAUAUCCUUCAGCUAAUAGCCGAUUAUCAUCUUUAUCUUCAUCUUCUCCACCAACCUCAUCACCUCCUUUCCAAUUUUCAUCUUCAAGUUCAACCCGAAAACAAUCACGUCUCAUUCAUCCCUUAUCUCCGCCAUUAACAGUUAAUCAAGGCCAAAAUAACGGUCAACAAUUAACCCCAAAUAAAGACAAAGAAUCAUUCAAACAAUUAUCAUCACCAACUUCCUCUUCUGGUUAUACUGACGGUGUUAAUCCUGAUGGUCAAUCACGAUACAACCAACGACCACCUAAAUCGGCCUUUCAAUUUGAUUAUGAUCAAGCCAAUAAGAAAAAGUUAAUACCUCAACCAUCAUCAGCUGAUCUCUAUGAUGGUAACUAUAAAUCGUCAUCAACCAUCAAAAGUAAUUCAAAUGACGAUGAUGAUCUAAAGGAAUUGGAAAGUUAUAGAAUACAAAGUGACCUUAACAUUCAUCCUUCAUCUUUAUCACGAAGACGAUCGCCAACGCCAACAAUUAUAUCUUCAUCCUCAUCACCAACAACAAGAACAACCCAUCAACAAUAUAACAAGGUUUCCGUAUUACCAACAACAACAACAACAACAGAAUCACCAUCAACAGAAACAAUAUCAACUACAACAACAACUGAACCGAAAGUUUCACGAAUUGAGGUCAAUUCUGGUCGAUCUGAUAUCAGUAGGAUAGAGGAAAGUGAUAGAUUAAGAAGAUCAGAGGAAUCUUCUUCAGAAAAUUAUCCUAAUCAUGGUGAAAUUAAUCAUAAUCAUAACGAUACCAAUCUUGAAACAAUUAGCAUCUCCCGAGAGCCAGUUCUUGAAGAGUCAAUUGGUUCUGAUGAUUUGGGUGAAACUGAAAGUGUCCGAGUUACAUCAAGUAGUAGCAGUAGCAUUGUGAGUAGUAGGAGUUCAAGUGAUGUCAUUGAGAGUUUCAAUCCAGAUUCUGAAAUAAAGCCUUCAUCAUCUUCAUCUUCCUCCUCUUCAUCCUCAUCAUCAUCAUCCGCAUCCUUGACACCUUUACCCAUCGGUGAUAUUACUCGUUAUCGUAUGGCGACAAUACCUGAAGUUGAAAUAUUAUCUACUUAUGGAACCAGAUUAUCAAAUCCGAUUGAUGGUCAACCAGAAUCAAUGGGCUACUAUGAUUCAAGAUUACUACGAGGCUUAAAUUAUGAUGACUCGAGCCUUGAACCUCAACCAGUUUACAAACCAAUAAUUGCAACAACAACUUCACCAACAACCACAACAACAACAACAACCACACCGAUUGUAACAACACCAAAUAAUGAAAAUAUCGUCGAUUUGAUAAAAUCAAAUGAACCUGAUUCCAAUAAAUCAGAUUCAAUUGUUAAUCCAUUAGUUGAAUCAAUUUCUGUCGCAAUUACAUCAACCCAAUCAACAAUAGGUGAGAGUAAACUUGAUGAAAAUGAUAAAGACAAUGAAAAAAUUGAUUCAAAGUCAUUUGAUGAAUCUCCAAUUGAAUCAAUUUUAAAUCUACCCGAUCAAUCAUUACCAAUAACAAUUAAAUCAGAUGAAAUAAUUUCAACAACAAGUUUACCUGUAAUAUUGAAAUCAAGUGAAUUACCUUCAACAUUUAAUCAAUCAAACAAUUCAUAUUCAUUAUUGACCGAUCAAAGAUUAAAAGUUGCUGAUAGGAAUGUUAAAGUAACACCUAAUUUAACCCAUAAACAAGUUAUUAACAAUCGUUUAAUAACUGGUUUAACUCGAGUAUCACAAUCAGUUACUCUAUCAUUGAGGACGGAAGGGACAACCACAACAACCACACCACCACCACCUCCACCAACAUCAACAUCAACAUUACCUUCAAUAACAAUGGAAACGUCAACUGGAUUAGAUGAGAUAACAACGGAGAUUAAGGGUUUACCUGAGAUUAGCACUGAUGAUGAGCCGACAGAAUCAUCAACGCCAACACAAUCAACAACAAUAUUAUCUCCUUCCUUAUCAUCAUCUUCAUCACAAUCACCACCAACAACAACCUCAACAGCAGCAACAACAAUAAGCUCAUCAGUUGAUGAGACAACAACAGUUAAAUCUGAUAUUGAUGAUGAAAUAACGACACAAUUAAGUAGAAACAAAAAGAUUAAUGCAACUGAAUUAAGUAAUCAACCAAUUAGUUUAUCAGAAUCAACAACAACUCAGGAACCAUCGACAACAAUUAAAGAUAAUCUAUUAAUUGAAGAUCAACUAUUAAGAUUAACAUCAACCGAGGCCACUCCAUUGUCAGCUGAAUUGACGAUCAAACAAAAUCAAUCUAAUUGGUCUCAAUCAAUCAAUAAUGAUGUUAGAUUAUCAUCAACACCAACAACAACAGUGUUACCUUCAUCUUCAUCUUCAUCUUCAUCUUCAUCAGUUGAUUAUGAAAAUAUUUCCGGUGAACUGAAAAAGUUGCCAAAUGAAGCUGUUUCCAAUGGAAUUGAUAAUCAACCAGUUAAUUUGAAUCAAAGUGAUAAUCAAGGUAAUAAUAAUAAAGCUAAAGAUGAUGAAGAUAAAUGGGUUGAACGAAUUUUGUUUAAGGCAAAUUCAUCUCGAGAUGAACCUCAUCGAAUUGAAACUCGACUUGAGAUUCCCAAUGAUUCAAACAAACCGAUGAAGAAAAUUGUCAAAAUUUGGUAUAAAAGAGGAAGAUUUUUCGUAUCCGAUGGAUCGUCAUCUUCAUCAUCCAAACAAUUAGAUGGAAAUAACGUUAAAAAUGAUGAGAUAAAUUCCAACAAUAAAGAGAAAUUACCUCGAACUAAAAUAAUUCGUAUUCCAAGAGGCCAUAGACCCGAAAGAAUCGGCUAUCGUAAAGGUGUUUUCCUCAAUAAGAUCCCGUUCACAACAACAUCUAAUCCAAUUACGAUCCAAGAUUCAACAACGACCAUUUCAUCAACGUACUCGACAUCAACCCAAUCAACACCAUCACCAUCAUCAUCAACAACAUCAACAACAACUCCUGUGUCAACAUCAUCAAAUAAUAUAUCAUCAACACUAAUUACAACAUCAACCGACAAAACCUUAUCAGAAUCACCUACACAAUCAAUUAUGACAACAGAAACAUUGUCAACCUCACCCACAACAAUUAACAUGCCAUCAACCACACCAGCAACAAUAUUACCUGAUGAAACUGAAUCAGAUAAAAUAAUUACAUCAACAUCGCCACCAACGACAACAAUCAAUUUAACAACGACUAUUAAUCCGAUUAACACAAUCAACUCCGAAACCGCAUCAACAACAACGACAACGACAACAUCAACAUCUUCAUCUUCAUCUUCAUCUCCAUCAACAAUUAUGACAGUUAAAGAGACCACAGAAACACCGGAAGACUUGACAACAACAUUAUCAUCAAUUAAAUCAACCAUAACUUCAUUACCAUCUUCAUCUUCAUCUUUAUCAUCAAUUUCAUCCUCAACAUCAACCGUUAUACCAACAAGUGAUCAGAAUACAAUGAUUAAACCCUCAUCUCUUUAUGUCCCUCCAAUUGCAAGUUUAUUAAGAUCAUUAGUUAAUAAUCAAGCCUUAAUCAACCCUAAAUUACACUCACAAUUUGGUCUAUCAUCACCAUCAUUGUCAACAAUUAAAAUAAACUCAAAAGAUUUAUCAUCAUCAUCAUCAUCAGCAGCAAUUAACAAUAAUCUUUAUGUUCCUCCAAUACCUUUCAUUAAUUCAGAAAAUGAAUUUGAAUCUAAAUCCAAUAUCAAACCGUUAAUUUCAGUUAAUCACAAUUCACCAAUUAUCCAAUCAAUUGGUGUAAUUAACAAUGAAAGACAAUCACCUUAUCAUUUACCACUUACCUAUUUUCAUUGAUAACAAUUAAGAGAAAGUUGAUCAUUUUUUUUGUUCCUCUUGUUGUCAUGUAACAAUUAAUAAAUUGUUACAAUUUGUAUUUGUAUUUGCUUUUUGUUCAUCACAAUUAUCACCUUAAUAUAUAAAUUGUUAUA